AUGGCUAGCAGCAGUGCAUUCGAUGACGAUCUUCCGAUGGAGGAAGGAAUGCCAGAACUGAUUGAUGAUGAUGAUGUACCAUCGAAAUUGCCAUCGCUUCUAGAGCAGAAUAUGGAGACGGCGCCGAAGGACGAGGAGGAAUUCAAAUUGGUUAAACGCAAGAGAAAGUCGACGAAAGAUGUCGAAAUGGAGGAUGUUUCGAAGGAUGAUGAUAAUAACGAAGAGAUGAAAGAUGGCGAAGGUGCUCCAAAAUCGGCGAAGAGGUCGAGAGGGCAGAAGGGCGAAUUCCGAAAUAUUCCGGUGCCAAAACAUCGCUAUACGCCACUUAAAGAGAACUGGGUCAACAUUUUCACACCGAUUGUGAAAAAUUUGGGACUGCAAGUGCGGUUCAAUUUGAAAAAGAGACGAGUUGAGAUUAGGAAUCCAGAGGAUCGCGAGGAUACCACAGAUUUGCAAAAGGCUGCUGAUUUCGUGCGCGCGUUCGUUCUCGGAUUCGAUGUGAAUGAUGCGAUCGCCCUUAUUCGUUUGGACCAUCUCUUCCUGGAGACAUUCGAGGUAGCUGACGUGAAAUCGUCGCUAAAAGGCGAUCAUGUAAGCAGAGCGAUCGGUCGAAUUGCCGGAAAAGAUGGACGCACCAAAUUGGUCAUCGAGAAUACCACAAAAACGAGAAUUGUGGUUGCCAACACCAAAAUCCACAUUCUUGGCGCUUAUCAGAAUUUGAGAUUGGCGCGAAAUGCGGUGUCAAGUCUGAUUUUGGGCGCCAACCCGUCGAAAGUAUACGGUAAUUUGCGUAAUAUGGCCUCACGCGGAUCGGAACGACUCUAA